AUGGCGACAACAGCAACUCUGAUAUCGAGCGGCGCGGCAUCAUCCCCAUCGAAAGAACACGCAAAACACGAAUCGCAAACUCUUCCACUGGAUAUGAAUUUCAAUGGCUCGAAUUCGGAUGUGCGAUCGAGUGGCGUUAUGUCGAUUCGCGCUUCGAGAAUGGCUUCUGUGACUGAACAGCGCGAAGAAUUCGAGAAGUGUGGUUUCCGACCUAUCUCCACUGCGCACACCGUGACGACUAUCACGGGUGGGGAGACUGGGAAGCUGGAUUUGGAGGCUGCGAAGAGAGCGAGGCAGCGGUCGAGGAGGUUGAAGUGGUGGGCAUGUGGCGUACUUUUACUGCUCUGUAGUCUGAUGGGACUGGGGCUGGGGCUGUAUUUCGGUUUGAGGAAACAUCAACAACCUGGAUCUGACUCUCACGCAGCUUUGACAACAAUAUUGAAUCAGAGAGAGAGCGCGACAUUCACAAUGCCGAAAGUGAGAUAUCGGCCCAUUCUUACCGUUGUAAUCCACUCACCUCUGCGUGGCUACUCCUCACCUGUCCGGCACGAUGGGAACAAAUUCAACAUGCGAACAUUCGCAAGAACGGCAAAAUUCCGCGAUCUCCUGGUGUUUCUGAUGAAAGUGCACCACGUUGAGCUGCCAGAUGUGCAGAUCAUGACGAACGGCCAAAACCUCAUGGAUCAGAAGCCGCCUAUAGGGACCCUUCUUAUCGAACUCGGCUUCAGGGAUCUCCAGAUAGUAAACGUCCUUCCUCGCCUCGGAGUCAAGAAAGGUUUCCGCUGGGACAUCACCAUCGAUCUCGGGAAAUUCUUCCAAGGCUCGCACCUCCUCGACUUUUCGAACCAAUUCUGCGCCCUGCAGACUCCCGGUACACAAGCGAAGAUGUCAGACAUUGUCGAGCAAGCGGUACAAUACUUGACCGAAACCCAUAAACUCGAGGGAGAGCGAUGCAUCAAGAGGUUGGACAAGAGGUUGAGGUAUGGAGCCCGGAUCAUGUAUGACAGUCAAUGUCCGGAGGCAUACGCCGCUGCAAAGACGCUGGACUGGGUGGGGAGGGAUGAGAGGGAUUAUAAUAUUCGGUUCCAUUUGAUAUUGUAUGAUCGGCAUGAUAAGUCUGUCUACUUCGAUCAGCUGCUGGGUGAUGGAGGGGAUUCGGCAUGGUAUGAGGCGAAAUAA